AUGGACCGAAUCGACCCAGAGGUACUUAUCAGCUUGGUUCAGAGCAGACCAGGCCUGUGGGACAAGAGCCUGGACUGUCACAAGGACGUCGUUCAGAGGUCGAACGCUUGGAAGGAAAUAUGCAGGGCCUUCAAUCCGGAGUUCGACGAUUUGAACCGCAAGGACAAAAAUACAUAUAUCAAACUGGUAAUGAAGAAAUGGACUAACAUACGAGACGCGUGGCGGAAGACAGUCUCCGAGGACAAGCGGAAGUUCAAACCUUACAUUUACCACGAGCAGCUCAAGUUCCUGAAGAAGAACUUGAGCUACAAGAGCAACGACUGCAGCGACGGUGAUGCCGCUAAGGACAACGACAGCGACGCGGCCGACAGCCUCGCCAGCUACGGGAACAAACCGGCCAGGAGGGUAAAGACUCAAGAUGACGAGCGAGACAGCAGUAUGAACCAGUCCAUACAGUUCAUGGAUAUGAAAAACAACUGGGAAGACGCUCACAUAUCAUUCUUCAAAGGACUGUUACCGAGUUUGAGCAAGCUCGACGAUGAUGAGACGCUGGAGUUCCAAGCGGGGGUGAUUAGGCUAUUGCAGGAGAUGAGGAGACGUAGCCGGGAGCACAGCGAGUCCUUCCCCUACUACAGCAUGCACUCUUCUAGCUACGACUUGCCCGAUAUCAAAAAAGACGUCUGA